UAAAAGUAGCCAUGGAGAACACUGAAAACUCAGUGGAUUCAAAAUCCUUUAAAAAUUUGGGAACAGAGAUCAUACAUGGAAGCCAGUCAGUGGGCUCUGGAAUAUGCUUGGAUGAUAGCUACAAAAUGGAUUAUCCUGAAAUGGGUUUAUGUAUAAUAAUUAAUAAUAAGAACUUUGAUCAAAGCACUGGAAUGAGUCCUCGGAUUGGUACCGAUGUAGAUGCAGCAAGCCUCAGGGAAAUAUUCAUGAACUUGAAAUACGAAGUCAGGAAUAAAAAUGAUCUUACAUGUGAAGAAAUUUUGGAAUUGAUGCGCAAUGUUUCUAAAGAAGAUCAUAGCAAAAGGAGCAGUUUUAUUUGUGUGAUUCUAAGCCAUGGUGAAGAAGGAGUAAUUUUUGGAACAAAUGGACCUAUUGACCUGAGAAAAUUAACAAUUUUGUUCAGAGGGGAUUAUUGUAGAAGUCUAACUGGAAAACCCAAACUUUUCAUUAUCCAGGCCUGCCGAGGUAGAGAACUGGACUGUGGCAUCGAGACAGACAGUGGUACUGAUGAUGAGAUGAUGUGUCAGAAAAUACCAGUUGAGGCCGACUUCUUGUAUGCGUAUUCCACAGCACCUGGUUAUUAUUCCUGGCGAAAUUCAACACAUGGAUCCUGGUUCAUCCAGGCACUUUGUGCUUUGCUGAAAAUGUACGCCCACAAGCUUGAGUUCGUGCACAUUCUUACCCGGGUUAACCAAAAGGUAGCAACAGAAUUUCAGUCCAUUAGCGAGAAAUCUGAGUAUCAUGCAAAAAAACAAAUUCCUUGUAUUGUGUCCAUGCUCACAAAAGAACUGUAUUUUUACCACUAAGGAAAUGGUUGUUUUGUUUUGUUUUUUAGUUUGUAUGCCAAGUAAGAAAACAGUAUAAUUGAUACUAUAUUCCCCUCUCUCAUUUAAAUCUAAUCUAAUGCUCCAGAUGGUACUUUGAAACAUACCAUUUCCAUAGCAAUAGAACCACCAUGAAGCUACCUCAAACUCAAAAUCAGAAUUUAGUAGUCAAAAUUAAAUUUAAUUAGGAAUAAAUAGAAAUGGAUGAUGGUGGAAUCGUUAUGAGAGAAUUGAUUGUAAAUUUACAGCUUUCAUAAUUAGCAAGUUUCAGUGAUGCUAUGCUAUGAAUUUUCAAGUCGUUAUGAAAAAGUUAAACAUUGCAAUAAUGACUUUUAAUGAUCUCCUCCCCACCCUUUAAGACUGUGCAUUCUAGUUUUUUUCCAGACUGUAGGACUGAUGGUAUGGAAUAAUGUAUACUAAAACAGGAAUCCGUGGGCAUGGGCAAAGGCCUGAUAACCUUUAUUUUAGAACUGAUAUAGGACAGUGAGUCAACAGAAUUUUUAACUCAUUUAUCUGAGCUUAUGGUUUUAUGAUGUUUGUCCUAAGCAUGUCUUUGUUGUCAAAAAUCAUGUUUAAUAUUGAAAAAGAAACUAAAUAUUUUAUUCAAGAGAAAGUGUGAGAAACAGAGUUGACUCUUAAGGCUGAAAUGCUGCAACAUUCAUAGAGGGACAGUUGCAACCAUAAGGGGCUGAAAUGCAGCUGGGCUGCCAGCAUAAGUGUCUUCUCCUUUGCUCCUAUGCAAAUCAGUUGAGCUUUACAUACCAGCAAAAUAUCUGAGGUUUUGUAAAAACCUCAAACUGUUGAUUAUUAGCAAGAUGAUAUGAAGAAAUUUUAUAGGAACAUACUAAAAUGUAACUUAGAAAAGGUGGAAUGGAAGGAAAGAACUGUAAAUCAAUCAGGUGGGCGCUCUGUAAUUCGAGAGAAGAUGGUGUGAGCCUGAGCAGAGACAGGGCACAGCCUGUUCGAUGAAGGCUUCCAAAAAGGACUGCCAGCUGGUUUCUUCAUAGGUACUGGUGCAUGUGGAGGAUGCCCCCAAGGCACGAAGUGCCAAGUAAGAGUGAACCAAGUCUAAAGCUUCUGAAAUGGGAAUUUUCCCAAAGUGGUGAGAGUCACAAUAAGAGUCGUAGUACUCUUUGUAGGAAAAUUUUUAAGCAUGUCAUUUUCUGUUAAGUUUACAGUCAAAGGAAAAUAGUGGUAACGUUUUAUACUCUUGCUGAAAUAAAAGGACCAUGGCACACAGACUUUAGAAGUCAUUGAGUCAGAGCCUCUCCCCCGGCACCUGGGGAAACUGAAGGCCAGAGCUCAGCACUCAGGGAAGUCAGGCUCCAGGCUUCCUCGCUCAGAGGUGUGGAGCUGUCACCGCAGCAUCGUGUCACUGGCUUUCAGUGUGACAUUUCACAUGAACUUUCUUUUUACUCAAGGAAAGGAACUCACAUUUACAGAUGACAGGUAUUUGUUUUGACUGGAUUUGUAACUCUUCUUAAGUAAAUGUAGCAUGUAAUGGUAUCAUAAGGUGUGAUCCUGUGUGACAAUUUUUUUAAAUUUGUUAUUUUGCAUUUUUAUUUUAAAAUAAAAUUCAAACUUAAAAUUGCCAA